AGAAUGAAUACUGGAAAUCAUUGUUCAAUAACUGUGUUUAUACUUGAAGGGUUAACAGAGCAGCCAGAGCUCCAGCUCCUCCUCUUCCUCCUUUUCCUAUUGAUCUAUAUCAUCUCCAUGGUGGGAAACUUGGGCCUGGUCUUUUUAAUCAGGACCAGUUCCCAGCUUCAUACCCCCAUGUACUAUUUCCUCAGUAACUUGUCCUUCAUAGAUCUGUGUUACUCCUCUGUCAUACUCCCUAAAAUGUUAGUAAACUUCGUGUCAGAGAAGAAUUUCACUCUUUUUCCUGAGUGCAUGACCCAGCUCUUUUUCUUCUGCUUCUUCGGUAUUGAUGACUCCUACAUGCUCACAGCCAUGGCGUAUGAUCGUUAUGUGGCCAUCUGUAACCCCUUGCUCUACAAUGUCACAAUGUCCCAUAGAGUCUGUUUUAUGCUGGUCUCUAGCGUGUAUCUAGUCGGGGCUAUAGGGGGUUUGGUUCACACCAGCUACAUAUCUAGUCGCUCCUUCUGUGGAACUAAUGUCAUACACCAUUACUUCUGUGACAUUCUUCCUCUUCUGAGUAUCUCCUGCUCAAGGGACUACACCAAGGAGCUUUUGGUGAUGAUCUUGGUUGGAGUCAAUGUAUUUGCAUGUGCUCUAGCCAUCUUCAUCUCUUAUGCCUUCAUCCUUUCCAGCAUCUUGCAUAUCCGCUCAGCUGAAGGCAGGUCUAAAGCCUUCAGUACCUGCAGCUCCCAUCUUGCAGCUGUCGGGGUAUUUUAUGGUUCCAUCAUCUUUAUGUAUUUUAAACCAUCAUCUACCAGUGGCACAAUCCAGGAGAAAGUGGCCUCUGUAUUUUAUACCACAGUGAUUCCCAUGCUUAACCCCCUUAUCUACAGUUUUAGGAAUAAGGAUGUCAAAGAAGCCAUUAAAAAGGCUCUGAAGGGUGGGAUACUCUCCAGGUCUGUGUAG